AUGAUAUGUAUCUCAUCCAUCAAGUCCUACCAACAUCGUGCAUCCAAUAGCAUAAUCUUUUCCCAACAAGAUGAUGUAUUCACCGCCCAGCAGUCGUUCUUCUACGCCAUCGCGAACCACUGGAGGAAGAGGAUCGCCAGGAAUUUCAGCAAACGACUAUCGACUAAGACUAUGGACGAGGAAAGGUGGUCCGACCUAGCCUUUUCUUUAGGAAUCGCCGCACGUCAGGGUCAACGGCAAAGUGCUGCGACUCAAAAGCUCGCCCAGAAAAUGUCCAAGCGCAAACAAAUUACAGCAGCACAGACAUACGAUUGUAUCAAGCCUUUCGUUGAGUCGUUGAUUUCUGCUUGCCCUAAACUAUCUCAGCAGAACCGGUGCACAUACAAUGGUGAUGCUGUGCCAACAGAUGACGCCUUCAAGAAUACGAUAAACCGAUUGCCCUGUCCAAAACCAGCAAUUAGUGUGGGAUACAGUCGGCACGCGUUUUCAAUAGCUCAAGAUGAACUCCAAAACGGCAUCAUCGCUGGUCCUUCUGGGGAGCCCUAUGAUCUAAGCCAUCUUUCGCAACCGAUACCAGGUCAUUUCUGGCCUUUCUUCGUAGUCGAAAUAUCAGACCAUUCAAUGGCAGCUGCUCGUCAAGCAAGUGCGAUAUCAGCUGCAACAUGUAACAAUGCUCUGAGUCUCGUUGCCGGUGCUGCUUUUGAUGGCAACAGCAACCGCCCCUACAGCCCUUCCAUGUUCGACCACAAAUUCGCAAUGUCCUUUUCUUUAUCCAUACAUGGCGAAGUUGCUUCGUUGGGCGUCCAUAAAGCCGAAGCGCACGCGCCUCAUGUGGCUACGCAGAUUGCAACCUAUAACCUCAGCGGGGCUGGCGAGGUCGCUGCUCUUGCAGAUCGAAUCUAUGGCAUUUUCGUCUGGGCACAUUACAACCGGCUGGCGGAGAUCAUGGCUACUAUUGACCAACUGGAACGAAGAGUGCACGGACAGCCAGCAGGUCUAAACUCGAGCCCCAGCAGUUAUGACUUCGAUCCUCACUGCCUGAAGACUCUUAAACUACAGCCUUCAACGAGACCAGAUCGAGCCAAGGUCGUGUUCAAGGCUGGCUUGCCAUCGUGGUUGUCACGAUGA